AUGAUCGACACGAUCGCAGACCACACACGCGAACGCUUGAACAACAUGACACCGGAAGAACUGGAUGCAAACUCUGUCUUUUUCGCUAAUCAAGCCGAUUCCUUGGACGGAGCUAGGCAGAAACGCAUCUUUGAUCAUAACAGAGUUGUUCUCCCCAUCAUUGAAGGCAAGCUGGCAGCAUCCGGAAUCACGCUGGCUUACAAUGACUUUGGGAAUGAUAUUGGUAAUCAAGCACAAAAGGUGUUCAACAUCGACAAGACCAUUGCUGCCAGCCCCGAUGUGGAUCCUGAGGACGUGAGAAAUGCGCUUCAGAAGGCACUUGACGAGGAAUACGACCCAGACAGAUACUACAACCCAGACGGCAGUCCAGGCACCAAAGCCGCCAUUGAUCACAAGAACGUCAUUUCCAGCUUCACUCAGGCGCUCAAUAAAUCACAAGGUCUCUCCUGUACGUCUGAGUAA